CAAAAAUAACGUACCCGUACUCCACACCGUAGACAGACAGCCAGCCAGCCGCAGGCAACCGGAGUGUGAAGGAAUUAUGAUAAAUACGCAAUAAUUUUGUUCCCUUUCUGCUACCAACGUCACCGCACUCGAGUGUAAUUCAAUCCGAAAUACCAGAUCUCGCCUCGGUUCCGCUAGGAUGAGACGCUCCCAACGAUAGGAGAACGGAAAAAGGCAACCUCAUCAGUUCAGAUUUGAACGUCGUGUCGUCUCAGUCGCCGUAGAUUUUCCACACUGCGGAGCCGCAGAAAUGGCGGCGCUGCCACCGCGUAAAAAUCUUACGCCAACGAAAAUCUCCAAGCAGCACCUGACGCCGCUGCAGAUCCUGCUGCAGAUGGGAUUCCCGAAGCACCGGGCCGAGAAGGCGCUGGCCGCCACCGGAAACCGUGGCGUGCAGUUGGCCUCCGACUGGCUGCUGGCACACGUCAACGAUCCGUCGCUGGACGAGUGCGCGCCCCGGGAGUACAUCCUGUACGCGUGUCCGACGGGAUCGUUCCUCCAGCAGCUGGAGAGCUUCUGGGCUGAAUCGCGGGAGGUGUGUGGCUGGAACGGAGCCCACAACUUUACGCCCCACAUCACGCUGGUGUCGUUCUUCAAGGCGCCGGACGAGUGCGCUCCCCAGCUGUCGAAGGCCUUGAAGGAGCUGAUGAAUCUGCCAGGAGCGCACAUCGAUCGGCCCAUCGCUCUCGAACUGUACACCAGUCCCAACUUUAUGGGCUUCUUCGUGGCCGAAGACGAUGCCAACUACUUGAAACGGAUAGCUCUGCAGUACGUUAAGGAAGUGUCCCAUUCCAUAAUCAGCGACACCUACGAGCAGUUAGACGCGCUAGUUACCUGUUUUCCAUGGUGCGGGGGAGUAACAUCAGCUCGUUGCAUACCACGUAGCAGCCGAUCGAUUUCCCUAGAACCGCACGUCAAGUCGUUGCACCUGACGCUGGCCUACCAGUUUCCGUCGAGCCAGUUCAACGCGCUGAAGCAGCUCGUGGAGGGACUGGACACGUCCUACACCGGCGCCAACUGGGAGCUGCGGCUGUACUCGCGCGAUUCCCGACUAGCCACCAAGCAGGUCCACAAAGUGCUGUACCCGCACACGCCUCGCGAGCCGGACGAGCUGGAGCUGCGCAUCGGCGACUAUAUCUACCUCAGCCCGGAAGCGAUCCAAAACUCGACCGACGGCUGGGUCGAGGGCAUCUCCUGGCUGACCGGUACCAACGGGUACCUGCCGGAGAACUACACCGAACGCACGGCCGAGUCCGACGCGUGGACCAUGCACCGAACCGUUCCCCUGUGCGACGUCGUAUCGCCCGACCUGGACCCGCCGUCGGACACGGUGGACGGUGCCGCUGGACUGCGGUUCGAUCUGCCGGUGGCCAACAGCGAGCACGACGACAUCGAUUCGCAGGAAACUUUAUCGAUAGGUCACGCCGAGGGACAACAUCAGCAGUUGGUAGAAGACAUGCAGCAGCAACCACAAGUGGACGGAAAGAUAAAGGACGAAAACGUGCCGGCGGAUAAGCUGUACGAGUUGAUGAAGAAACGCACUGCCAUGUCGGUAAUCGGCGAUCAGAGUGAGCAGGGUGUUCGGAUGACGCAGGAACCGGACGGGGUUAUUCCGAAGAGACGGAUCUACGUGCUGCGUCACGGCGAACGGAUUGACUUCACCUUCGGAACGUGGAUUCCAUACUGUUUCGACGAGGCAGGCAACUACAUUCGGAAGGACUUGAACAUGCCAAAGUGUUUACCUCACAGGAAAAGUACUCUCUGGCAGCGCGAUUCUCCACUGACCAACAUGGGUCGCUACCAGGCUCGGCUGACCGGGGAAGCAAUGAAGGAUGCAGGCGUUCAGAUCGACCACGUGUACAGCUCGCCAUCAUUCCGCUGUAUUCAGACUACCACGUCGAUCCUGGAAGGACUCGGACUCAAAGAGAGCCGCCCAAUCAACGUUGAACCGGGACUGUUCGAGUGGAUGGCCUGGUACCAGGAUGGCCUUCCGGAAUGGAUGUCCAAAGAAGAACUUAAGGCAGCGGAUUACAACAUAACCAUGGAGUACGAACCGUUAUCCAAAGCGGAAGAUCUGAAGGGAAAACAGCAGGAGGGACUAGAGGAGUUCUACCAGCGAAACUCGGACGUAACAGAGCAUCUUAUCAAGAGCACAACGGGUAACAUCCUCAUCGUUGGCCACGCGACAACCCUGGAUACCUGCACGAGGCACAUCGUGGGCGAGAAGCUACGCUCGACGAACGACAUGAGCAGGAUCAUGCAGAAAGUUCCUUACUGUAGCAUGGCUGUGAUCGAGUCGGCGGACGGUCUCACCGGGUGGCGACUGGUGGAACCUCCGUGCGAUCCCAUUACCCACACCAAUAAUAACCGGUUUGAUUGGAAGAUUCUGACCUGAGACGCUCCCGAGCGAUUACAUUAAUACGUAUUCGAUGCAAUUGGAUAGCACUGCUGCAGCAAAGUUCUGCAAAACAACUCUUGUUUUUAACUGCAAAACUCCCAUCGCUAAACUAAAGGAACUUCAUUAAAAUAAAUGCGUAUGCAACAGUUUAUAUAGUUAUAUACACAACUAUUUAUAUUAUGGCGUAAACAAAUACUCAAAUAUAUAUAUAUUACUUAUUAAAACUAUUUAGGCAAGCUUUAAAAGUGUACUUUACUCUUGUAUUUGCAUAUUUUGCAACGUAUAUAUGUUGAUAUCGCUUACAAGUUUGGACGCUUACACUGGCAAUACAAGAACAAUAACAAACAAACAAACAACAAAAAGAUUUACACUAAACACGCAUGAAAUAACACUUGUUACAUCAUCCAAAUUAGCUCGCGACAGAAAAAAAUAUAUCUCGAACGUCUAUGUAAUCGUUGUUCGAUUUUAAUUCUAACAUUUUAACUAUGUGUAACAUUUUGCUUAAACAAUUUUUAUUUCGCAGGAUAUCAAAACAGUUCAUGAAAAUUAUUCAAUCAGUUAAAAAAUGAUGUUAUUCUCAAAACAAUAACAAACAAUUUGUUCGACGUUAUUUAACGUAGAAAGCAGAAGGAACUAGCUGUCCAAUAUAGCAUAAAAUUACCCAAAAGCUCUUCCCACGCAACCGGUUGCGGCUAUUACCCGCAAGAUGUCUCCACUAACCAUUUUUGUACACACAUCUCUAAUCCGUAUUGUUACCAAAGCCCAAUAAUAUCGCAACCCACAAUAUAUUCAAUAGAUUACAACUCCGUAAACGUUUUCAUAAUUAUAAAAUAAAAAAGUUUCAGUAAUUGUUAUAAUUGAAUGUGUUUACAGGACGUAUAAUAAGUAACCAAGUUCGAAACUGUCUCUCUCUCUCACACACGAUGUUCCACAUAACGAAGAUUUGUUUAGUUUUACGUAGCCAAAUCAGGAAGCUCAUCAUCAAAUUACAAAUAUUUGACCAUUUGGAAACAGACACACACAAAACAACUAAAAGGCGAAAUAAAGCAUUCCCCCUCACACCUCGAA